AUGUCCACCGUCGACGUCCCGAUUUUGAACCUCGAAUCACCGUCGGGGGAACAAAUUAAAAUCAUCGAGGCGGCGGCGGCGCAAUUCGGCUUCUUCAGGGUGGACAUCGCGUCGGUGUCGAACGUAUUCGGGGUGGAUGUCGAGCGAGCGGUCGCCGACGCCUUCCGAGUUUCGCGAACGUUCUUCGGUCGCGAUGCGUCGCGUAAGGAUGAAUUGCGCGCGCGGCCGGGGUGUGGAUACACCGCGUUCGGGUCGGAGACCUUGGACGCGCGCGGUUCGAGCACGGGGGACGCGAAGGAGGGAUUUUACGUCGCGCGGACGGGCACGCCUUGGCCGGCGGACGACGACGAGUUUAGAGACGUGAGCGAGCGGUACUACGCGAUGAUGUUCCGUCUCGGACGAGUUUUGUUGGGUUUGUUUGCUUCGGUUUUAGGGUGUGAUCGGGCGUUUUUCGACGAGCAUUGGGACGGUGAACACUCGUGCGUGUUGCGGUAUCUUCGCUACCCGCGCGGCGCGGCGUCCGACGAAAAAUCCGGGGCGUUCGCGUGUGGCGCGCACUCGGACUACGGCGCUAUCACGAUUUUGGCCACGGAUGAGACCCCUGGUUUACAGAUUUACGAUCGCGAGUCGAGACGGUGGAAGGGCGUCGCGCCGAGGACGGACACGUUCAUCGUCAAUGUGGGCGAUUUACUCGAGCGGUGGAGCAACAAAAAGCUCGUCUCGACGCGGCAUCGCGUGAUGACGAGCGGUGAGCGAGAGAGAUACUCGAUCCCAUUCUUUUUCGAGCCUCGAAAGGAUUCCGUGAUCACUCCUGUUUGCGACGACGGCGAGGAGCCGAUGUUCGCUCCCAAGCAAUUUGGUGAAUAUUUGCAGGAGCGAUACACUGAGACGUAUUGA